UGCCGCUGUGGGCUGAGGAGAAGAGUUUAGGGGAAGCGCGGCUGUUGGGUCUGAGGGCGCGAUGGAGACCGUGCAGCUGAAAGUACACCAUCGCCCCUUCUGCUUCAGUGUGAAAGGCCACGUGAAGUUGCUGCGGCUGGCACUAACUGUGACAUCUAUGACCUUUUUUAUCAUUGCACAAGCCCCUGAACCAUAUAUUGUUAUCACUGGAUUUGAAGUCACUGUUAUUUUCUUUUUCAUAAUGUUAUAUAUACUCAGACUUGAUCGAUUAAUGAAAUGUCUAUUUUGGCCUUUGCUUGAUAUUAUCAACUCAUUGGUAACAACGGUAUUUAUGGUCAUUGUAUCUGUGUUAGCACUGAUACCAGAAACCACAACAUUAACAGUCCUUGGAGGGGUGUUUGCAUUUGGCCUCAUUACAGCAGUGUGCUGUCUUGCCGACGGCGUCCUUAUUUACCGGAAGCUUCUGUUCAAUCCAAGUGGUCCUUAUCAGAAAAAGCCUGUUCAUGAGAAAAAAGAAGUUUUGUGAUUUUAUAUUCAUUUUUAAUUUGAUACUAAGUAUUAAACAUAGUUCUUUGUUCUGACACAUA